AUGGCUCCGAAGCCCAAACCGGUGCCGUUACAACCUGCCCCUCCCCCUUCCCUCGAAGAUCUCUUCACCACGCUCAACAGGCACAUCCAGGCUUCCGCAUUCGACAAUGCCGUUAAACUCACUGAUCAGAUUCUCGCGAUUGCACCCGAAGAUGAGGACGCCUUCCGAUGCAAGGUGGUCGCGCUGAUAAAAAAUGACCGCAUCGACGAUGCGUUAUCCACCAUUAAGUCUUCUCGGAAGCAGCUGGAUGAUUUUCAUUUCUUCAAGGCAUACUGCUUAUACAGACAAAACAAGUUGGAUGAAGCUUUGGAGUCUUUGAAAAGACAAGAGAGAAAUAAUGAAACUAUGCUUUUGGAGUGUCAGAUAUUAUACCGUCUUGGGAAAAUGGAUGCUUGCUUAGAUAUCUACCAGAAGCUCCAAAAUUCCAAGAUUGAUAACAUGGAAAUCAAUUCUGUUGCUGCCCUAGUUAUGGCUGGCAGGUCAUCUGAAGUUCAAGGAAUGCUGGAUUCACUUCGAGUUAAAGCAACAAGCAGCUUUGAAUUGGCAUACAAUACUGCUUGUUCUUUAAUUGCAAGGAAGAAGUAUACAGAUGCAGAACAACUGCUGUUAUCAGGCCGCAGAAUUGGUCAAGAGGUCCUGAUGGAAGAUAACUUGGCCGAUGAUGAGAUAGAAAUUGAAUUGUCUCCUAUAGCUGUACAAUUAGCCUAUGUCCAGCAGCUUCUUGGGCGUAAGCAAGAUGCUAUUGAAGCUUAUACAGACACAAUUAAACGAGAUAUGGCUGAUGAAUCAUCACUUGCAGUGGCAGUGAACAAUCUUGUUUCACUGAAAGGUCCAAAAGAUGUUUCUGAUAGCUUAAGGAAACUUGAUCGACUGAAAGACAAAGAGAGUCAAAGCUUUCGGCUAGCCCGUGGACUGGACUUGAAACUUUCAGCAAAAGAAAAGGAAGCAAUAUAUGCAAAUAGGAUUCUUUUACUUCUUCAUGCUAAUAAGAUUGAGCAGGCACGAGAACUUGUUUCUGCAUUACCAGACAUGUUCCCAGAAAGUGUGACACCGGUAUUGCUGCAAGCUGCCCUCUUGGUUAGAGAGAACAAAGCUGGAAAAGCUGAGGAAAUACUAGCACAGUUUGCCAGUAAGUUCCCUGAGAAGUCCAAAGUUAUUCACUUAGCCCGGGCUCAGGUGGCUGCUGCUGCUGGCCACCCACAUAUUGCAGCCGAUUCUCUGGCUAGGAUAUCUGAUAUUCAACACAUGCCUGCUACUGUUGCGACCCUUGUGUCUUUGAAAGAGCGAGCUGGUGACAUUGAUGGUGCAGCUGCUGUUCUUGAUGCCGCAACUAAAUGGUGGUCUAAUGCGAUGACUGAGGACAAUAAGCUUAAUAUUAUAAUGCAAGAAGCUGCGUCAUUCAAGCUCAGGCAUGGCAAAGAGGAUGCUGCUGCUCAACUCUAUGAGGAACUCGUCAAAAGCCAGGGAAGCAUAGAAGCACUAGUUGGGCUAGUAACAACAGUUGCUCGCAUGGAUGUUGACAAGGCAGAGCUUUAUGAAAAGCAACUGAAGGCCCUACCUGGUUUAAAGGGAAUUGAUGUGGACAGCUUGGAGCGUACAUCUGGAGUGAAACACGUUGAGGCUCCCCGUGUUGGUGUCUCUGAAACAUAUGAAGAAGGAAAGAACAAGACAAAAACUAAGAAAAAGAGAAAGAGAAAGCCAAGGUAUCCUAAAGGGUUUGACCCUGCAAAUCCAGGUCCUCCCCCAGAUCCAGAAAGGUGGCUUCCCAAAAGGGAGAGAUCAACAUAUAGGCCCAAGAGGAAGGACAAAAGAGCUGCUCAAGUGAGAGGGUCUCAAGGUGCUGUAGUUAGAGAUAAGCAUGAUACUGGUGCCUCAUCUAACAGUUCAAAUCCAAAAUCAAACCAUGGAACUUCCAAAGGAGCUGGGCAGAAUUCAGUUUCCGAGCAAACCAAACCUUCAUCCAAGUCGUCCAGAAAGAAAUCCAGGAAUUAA